AUGGGCAGCGAACCUUUCGUGCCUCCUCCCACGGAUCUCAUCACCCUGACCAGGCACGUGCUUGGAGAGGGCUUUCAGAGGGCAGAGAAGAGCGCUGCCAGCGGUGAUCUCACCAUCCUGCUCAGCAGCUUGCAGACUACCUGCAAAUUCAUCGAGAGCAUGGUCCGAAAGGCCAGCUUGAUCAACUUGUGAGUCCAUGCAGACAGCGCACAGCAUGGCUCGCGCUUGGAGAACAAGCCUGUUUGCCAUGUCUUGGCACGUGUCCGGCACGCCUCUGAGGGCACACGCUGUGCUAUACAGCUCGAUCGCUGGCACUUCCUUCUGACGCUUCUGUUCCCGCUCGUUAGGAUCGGUUUGGCUGGAGAGACCAACUCUACUGGAGACGACCAAAAGAAGCUAGACGUGCUCUCCAACGAGAUUAUGAUCAAUGCUCUGCGCGCAUCUGGCAAGACUGCGGUGCUCGUGUCCGAGGAGAAUGAUGAAGCAAUCUUUGUAGGCGAAAAGAAGGAUGGCAGUACGUUCGAAGAGACGCGGGGCAAGUACUGCGUCGUUUUCGACCCUCUGGACGGAAGCAGCAACAUUGACGCUGGUGUGAACAUCGGAACCAUUUUCGGUAUCUACCUCGUCCGCGAUGGUAGCAAGGGCACUUUGGAGGAUGUGCUGCGACCUGGAACCGAGAUGGUGGCUGCGGGCUACUGCAUGUACGGUUCUAGCGCCAACUUGGUUCUCACUACUGGGAAUGGGGUGAACGGUUACACGCUGGACAAUCAGAUUGGAGAGUUCAUCUUGACCCACCCCAACAUCCGUCUGCCAGACAGAGGAAAGAUUUACUCUAUCAACGAGGGCAACUCUGCAUACUACCACGAGCCGGUGCUCAAGUACCUCGACUCGAUCAAAUUCCCCAAAGGAGAAGGCAAGAAACCGUACUCUGCUAGAUACAUCGGAUCCAUGGUAGCAGACGUGCACAGAACCUUGUUGUAUGGAGGCAUCUUCGGUUACCCCGACGACAAGAAGAGCAAGAACGGCAAGCUGAGAUUGUUGUACGAAGCCUUCCCUAUGGCGCUGCUCACCGAGCAAGCCGGGGGUGUUGCUACGACUGGCACAAAGCGUAUCCUCGAGAUCCAGCCCAAAACCAUCCACGAGCGUUGCGGUGUCUUCCUUGGCUCCAAGGAUGAUGUCAACGACUUGUAAGUAAAGAUGCAAGGCACGCUCUCUUUGUGAAAAUUCCAAAAGCUCACACCUCCUUUGCGCACGCCUAGGCUCAAGUUCUACCAGUAA